GAACUUGCGUGAGGCCAGAGACAAUGCAGUGCUGGAGAGGGACAGAGCUGUGGCUGCAGAGAGAGACACUCAGUCCAGAUAUGACCAACUACUGGAACAGUUUCGGCAGCUCCAGCUGGGAACCGACAGCCGGGUAGCAGAGCUGUCUAACCAGGCCAAGCUGCACUCCUUCGAAGCUGAGCGCGCUCAGAUGGUUAAGGACGAAACGGCUAAGGCCCUGGCUCAGUGCCAGGUGGAGUGUGAGAAACAGCAAAAGAAAUUGGAGGUACUCGAAACAUGAA